AUGAUAGAUUCAACUGUUUUAGAGUUAAAUCAAGACAAUACGAGUGGUCCAAAUGUUAUCGAAACAAUGCCAAGUGUUACAAGCAUCGAUAAAGAAAAUUUUAGUAGUAUCACUGAACUCAAUACAAAUUCAACUAGUGGAAGUUCCACUACAAACACUCCGACAGUUGAUAAUGGAACGCAUACGACAAGUUACACAAUAUCUACAACAAGUACAACAUCUACAAGAGGCACAACCUCUAUAACAAAUGCAACAUCUACAACAAGCACAACCUCUAUAACAAAUACAACAUCUGCAACAGGCACAACCUCUAUAACAAAUACAACAUUUGCAACAGGCACAACCUCUAUAACAAAUACAACAUCUACGGUAGGCAUAACAUCUUCAGCAAGUGAAACGACAACAUUCUUGGUAUACCAGUGUUACUUGGUAUUGGUGUUGGUAUUAUCUGGUAUUUCAAACGGGCAGGUGCAAAAAGCAGUAUAA